UCGCCGCUUUGGGGGCGGCUGGGUCUCGCGGAUGGAGCUGUCACUCAAAGCGGCGGCGUCGAUGUUAGUUAUCGGCAGAGCGCGGCCUGAGGGGACGGAAGCGGCGGAGCAGCGCGGAAUUAGGCCGAAGGGAGACGAGUGAUUUACUUCAAGAUGUUUUCAAAACGGAGAUGGUUAAUCCAAGUUGUGUAUACUCUCCUCUUUACCUCUUUUGUAGAUUCACUUGUGCAAAUGUGUGGUCAUAUCUACCCAGAGUCUCCAGUAAUACUGCCCAUUGGCUCCAAUUUUACAGCAUUCUGUGUUCUCUAUGAUACUUGUCCAUACUACAACAAAGUACAUGCUAAUCAAAUUUUUUGGAAAACAAAAAAUGUGAUUGUCCCUAAAGAACAGUAUCAUAUAAUCAACGAAACUGUUUCUAGUGUAACGUUCAACGAUACCUCUACAUUGAUUUCUCCUCUGACUUGCAAUAUCUUAGUAGAAGGGAACAUUGAGCAGAAUGUUUAUGGGAUACAGAUUCAGUUGGGUUUUCCUCCAGACAAGCCUGAGAACAUCAGUUGUAUUGUGAUUCAACUCAAAAAGAAAAAAAUUGUUAAAAGGUGCACUUGGGAACCUGGAAGGGAUACAUACUUGAAAACUAAAUACACUUUGAAAUCAGCAUGGCCAAACAUGAAUUUCUCUGACUGUAUACCUGAAGAUGUUAAUAACUCCUGCACCACUUCUGAUGAUGUUACUUUCUUUGUCCCUCUGUCUGUGUGGGUGGAAGCCAAGAAUUCCCUUGGGGAAGUUAACUCAUCACACUUCACCUUUUAUCCUGAGGACCAUGUAAAACCCCUUCCCCCACAUAAUCUAUUUCUCAACUCAAGAGAAUUUCCUACAGUUCUGAGACUAUCAUGGGAAAACCAGUUUAUUGAAGUACCACUGAGGCUGAAAUACAAAAUAAGAUAUAAAUCUGCCAGCAACACAAAUUGGGCAGAGGUUCCUCCUGAGGACACAGAGUCAGAAAGAACUUCCUUCACUAUCCAGGAUCUCCAGCCAUUUACAAAAUACAUUUUUCAGAUCGCUUGUGCUGUUAAAGGGGUGUCACCUUAUUGGAGUGACUGGAGUAAAGAAAUCAUUGGAUUUACUGCUGAAGACAAACCCUCCAAUGGACCAGCUGUUUGGCGGAAGAUUACUACCCACUCUUCAGGAAAUUGGACUCUGGAACUGAAUUGGAAGAUGAAUCCUUCAGAAACCAAUGGAAUAAUUUUGAUGUAUGAAGUGACUGUCUCAAGAAGGCAACCACUUUCUUUUCCAAUUGAGGUAACUCACUUGAAUACCACAGAGACAAAGCUGAUUCUAAGUGGGAAAAGUGGGGUGUAUGAAGCAAAGGUUACAGCAUACAACAAAGCUGGGAAAUCUCCUCCAACAGUUUUACUUAUACCAGCAACAAACUCAAAAGCUCCUGUGAAAAAUAUUAUUGCAUUUCCUAAAGAUGACAAGUUGUGGGUAAACUGGACAGCUCCUAAAGAUCAAGUUAUUAAAUACAUAAUUGAAUGGUAUGAAGAGUGUGACAGCUUGAACUGUUCUACUGACUGGCAACAGGAGCCUAGAACAAAAAAUGGCACUUUUUUAAAAGGAGACAUAAAGCCGUUCAAAUGUUACAAGAUAACUGUAUAUCCAUUGUAUUCUAAUGGCCAAGGAGAAGAAAGAUCAACACAAGCCUACCUUCAACAAGAUGUACCUGCUAAUGGACCCACAGUUCGAACUAAGAAAGUUGGAAAAUCUGAAGUACUUUUAGAAUGGAAACCUCUUUCAUUUGAAGAGCGAAAUGGGUUCAUCAAAUUCUACACAAUAUCUUAUAAAACAGCGACUGAAAAUGAAACAGUUGUGAGAGUGAACGCUUCUGAAACUGAGUACCCACUGUCUGACUUGUCAAAAGACACUUUAUAUACCGUAGAGAUGGCAGCAUACACAGAAAAAGGAGGAAAAAGUGGUCCUGCUUUUACAUUUACUACAAAGAAAUUUGCAAAUGGAGAACUAGAAGCCAUAGUUGUCCCUGUGUGUCUAGCAGUCCUACUGAGUAUUCUUCUAGGUGUUCUGUUUUGUUUCACCAAACGAGACUUCAUCAAGAAACACAUUUGGCCUAAUGUACCUGAUCCUUCAAAGAGUGUAAUUGCUCAGUGGUCGCCACAAACACCAUCUAAGCAUUUUAAUUCCAAAGAGCAUAUCUAUCCUGAAGGCAGCUUUACGGACGUCAGCGUUGUAGAAAUAGAUGCUGAUGACAAGAAGUCUUUCUCUGAACCUGAUUUGAAGCCAUUUGAUAUGCUUAAGAAGGAGAAGAAUGCCUCAGAGGGCCACAGCAGUGGUAUCGGAGGGUCAUCCUGCAUGUCUUCUCCUCGGCAGAGUGUUUCCGAUAGCGACGAAGGGGAACCUGCCCAGAACACUUCCAGCACAGUGCAGUAUUCCACUGUGGUGCCCAAUGGCUACAGGGACCAGAUACCUGCAGCGCAAGUCUUCCCUAGAUCUGAGUCUACACAACCUUUGCUAGACUCUGAAGAGAGGCCUGAAGACCAGCAAGUGCUGGGAAGUGACAGCUCAACACCAAGGCGUCACUAUUUCAAACAAAAUGGCAAUUGGAAUGAUGUGGCCUCUGACAGGUCUCAUUUGGAAAAGGUAACACAGAUUUCUCCCAUAAAUGAAGAAGAUGCUGCUGGACAGACCUCACAAACAUGGCACUCUGGCCCAGAGACAGACGAACAAGGAGCUGCCUUAGCGGGGGUUUUCCAGCCAAGCCCAGAAGGGCCAACUGUGCAGCUUGAAGCCAUGGGAUCAACUACAGGGACGGACGAUGAGGUGCCAAAAUGUUAUUUGCCGCAGACAGUAAGGCAGGGUGGCUAUAUGCCCCAGUGAGAGGGAACCACUACCUCCUAGUCAUCCUCCCUAGGAUGCUGUCAUAUCAUUGAUUCUGACAGGUUGGGUUACACUUGUUUUUAAACUUUGCCUCAGAUGAAAAACUCAGAUUCAUCUAUGGAAAAGGAUGCGUAUGGAAAUCUUGAACAGACUUUAAACUGUACAUUUCCAGACAUUCUUAAUGAAGUAUUUUUUUUCCAAGCACUACAUUUCAUUCACCUUUCUGUGGCCUUUUUGUUUUGGGGCAUUCUACUUUGUUUUAAUAUAGAACAGAAGAUAACUAUCGUUUUGUUACAGAGAUAAAGACAAAAAGAAGAUGACUGACUGUGAAAACAUUAGAUAUUUACAUAUCAAAUGUUCUCUCUUUUUGAGAUAAAUAUUUUCAAAAAUAAAAUUGCAGUACUUUAAUGAUGAAUGACUGAUACCUUAAAAAUUAUCCCAAUACUUUAGUUCAUCUAUGGCCAAACACAGUGGUUUAAAGCAGAAUUUAAGCCUUGGACAAGGGUCAGCAAUGUUCCCAGAAUUACUAUCUGCAAAGUCUUCUCUUUUUUUGAACGAGAUCCCCUCUGCAUGGCACUAUACUUGCUGGUAAAGAACUAUAAACUGAUAUUUCUUCUCUUUUUGCCUCAAGAUUGUGUCAAAAAGCUAUUCUUGUUACAAAACUAAAUGCCAGUAUUUGAUGCCUUUCCUUUGUUUUAUUUUGAGCCAAGUCUACUCAAAUGUAAACAUAGUAUUUAGAACUGAAACCUGUAAAGUAUCAAGAUAAUCUAUAUGCACUUUUUAUUUUCCUUUUUGGUUGUCUCUGAAUCAGACAAAUAGGCCUUUCUGCUUGCUGGGUUGUUGUAGGUUUUUCGGGCUGUAUGGCCAUGUUCUAGAAGCAUUCUCUCCUGACGUUUCACCUGCACCUAUGGCAGGCAUCCUCAGAUUUUGUGAGCCCUUCUGGGCUCUACUACCAUUUGCACAUUGAGGGAGUGAGCCAGAGGUCCCAUCAAAAUCGCUGCAAACACCAUUCAUGUGAAUUCACAGACAAUUACUCAAAGAACCACCAUGAAAGGUAACCUGUUCUUUUACCAGAUGAGGCUUGGGUAAAGUAAUAUCCUCAUUAAUAAAAUUAAUAUAAUAAAGUUGUAGGGAAUAUAUUAUGGACUUCAUACUAAAUAGCAGUACAAGAUACUCUUAUUCCCUUCUUUCAUUGUCAUUAUGAAUGCCUCGUGUAGUCUAAGAAAGCAGCAUGGAAACUGAGAAGAAGCCACCAUAAAGAACUGCAACUUUCAUAAUACACAUGGGGAGUUCUCCCGCACCAGUUAAGAAAUUGUAUUAAAAACAUUUUUGCAGAUCUUACAAAACCAUUUGGGACCGCUCAUGUCCAUCUGCAAGAAUGAUCUGUUUCACUUUUUGCUUACCGAGACUAAUUCUAAAGAAAUCCAGAAACACUAUGACUGCUUGACAAGAAUUAGUUUCAUUUGAGUCUUUCUCAACAACUUAAUAAUGUGAAAUACUUAACUUUUGAAGUCUCAGCGGUUAGAGAACAAUCUUAAUUCCUGAGUUGUCUGGCGUUUAUUGUAGAAGAUUCCUAGACAGUUAAUUGUCAGCUCAGAAAGUCACUGUAAAUAACUUUUAAACAUUUCCAAAUAAUAAUGAUGUACCAUUUUUUGCCCUUAGAGUUUUUCUUGUGCCUAGAUAUACUUACUUUUACAUGUUAAUACUACUUGCAUGUAUACUAAUAAUAUAUUCAUCUGUUGCUUUGAAGUAUAAUGAAUGGCAACAUAUUUAGUCAACAGUAUGUUGUUCUGUUGGUCUUCAAAAACAACUUUCCAGGUUUGCCUUCUGUUUACAAGGGUCUCAGCUUUAUUCAAAGUUAACAUAGUUAAACCUCCAAUGCAGGCCCUGAUAAAAUAAAGGGAAGCUCUCUGCCCCGGACUGUGGUGGAGGCUCCUUUUUUUGGAGGCUUUUAAACAGAUGGCCAUCUACUGGAUGUGUCUUGAAUGCAAUUUUCCUGCUUCUUGUCAGGGGUUAGACUGGAUGGCCCAACCCUGAUUCUAUGAUGCUAUAAAGCCUCUUUGUGACCAAAAACCAAAAAGGCUGAGUUAUGGUCUUGAUAUAAUAAAAUACUAAUUCUGGAAAGGCUUCUAUCUGCUUAAUUGUAAGGUGUUUUGUAAAAUAUGCUUCUCUAAUCACUUGUUCUGAUACCUAACCUUCUAAAGUGGGAGAGCUUGUCCAUAUUAUUCAAGCACUGUAUGUUCAGAACAUCAUGAAAUAUGGUUUUGCAAUUGGAAAAUUACAUUUUAAAAAAUAUGAUUUGCUGUGAAAAUAAAAUUUUCUACUUUUAGCAAGUUUAAACAAUGUGAAAAAUCUGCAUUGUACAAUCUAUGCAUAUCUUCAUGUAAGGAACCCGUUUUCAGUGUAGCUUAAUUCCACAUAAGUUGAAUAUAAGAAUAAAUCCUUAGCAUUGCUGUCAAUGUGAAUGAAUGCCUAAGUAAACCUUUUGUUAUGAAUUCA